AUGGCUACGUUCGCAUCUCCAUCAUCAACACAAUCUGAUGAUGCUUCACUAAAUAAUAAUCAAAAUGGGGAUGAUGUUCCUCUUAAUUUACCUUCUUCAAAUGUCAAUCCAUCUGAGCGUGUUGUUACACCAAUUAUACAGCCUAGAACAACAGUUCAACAACAAUCUACAGGUGGAUUUUCUUCAGCAUCAAUAUCGGCUAAUCCAACAUUUACAGCAUUAAAAGGUACUACUUUACAAUUAGCUCUUGGUCAUCCAUUGACUUAUGUACGAGCAUUAAUGCAAAUGGGUUAUGAACCAUUACCAGCAUAUCGAGGAAAAACUUUAUUUGGCAAAGAAGCUCUGUAUCAUCCGAAUGUAUUUCGCUAUCUUAAGUAUGUUUAUAGUAUUGAUGGUGUUGUUGGUUUAUAUCGUGGUUUUGGUUGUUCGCUCUUAUCUAAAGUUGUUUGUUGGUAUACGACAACAAAAGUUGAUGAACUUCUUGGACCUGUUGAUACUCGAGUAUCGAAUGAUCAAACACCUGCAGCAUGGAAUAAAUGUAUUCAAAAAAUAUUACGUGAAGUACAAGCACAAUCAUGGGGUAUUUUCAUUUCACAUCCUAUUCAAGUUAUGGCUAUUCGAUGUAUGGGUCAAUUUGUUGGUCGUGAAAAAGCAUAUUCAGAAAUAAAUAUAUUUCAAAAUAUUAAAGAAAUUUAUAAUCGUCAAGGAAUUGGAGGAUUUUUUGUUGGACUUAUUCCUCGAUGGUUACUUGAAAUUUCAACUGUUAUUAUAACAAAUAUUCUUAUUCAUUUAUUAAAAACACAAUUACCACCACAAAAUGAAAUGGUGUCUUUAUACGAAUAUAUUGCUACUUUCAUAGCUCAAACAGUGACUUAUCCAUUGAGUGUCAUAACAACCGUAACAGCAAUUAAUCGAAGUGGACUUCGUGCUGGAAUGUUACCUAUAACACCCGUUUAUGCUAAUUGGCAGGAUGCCUACAAUUAUUUGAAAAAGACGGAACAAUUAAAACGCGGUUCUAGUUUAUUUAAUCGUGCUGUCCUUGGCACAAGUGGCCUUCCAGCACCUGGUUCACCCAUACCGAAUGCUUAA